UAUACAUCAGUGAUCAGUACAGAAGCAUAGACAUAAUUCGUCUAAAUACGAAUAAAUGUUCACUAGAUGAAAGCCCUACACGUUCUCAUUGGUUGAUGACGAAGCAAGUAGACAGAAUGUGGCCAACACUUCUAGACAUGUCAAGAGAUGAAUGCAAGAGAGUACUUAGAAGAUUGGAAUUGGAGGCUUACUCAUCAUUUGUGUCUGCGUUACGUGCUCAAGGCGAUCUAUCAAAGGAGAAAAAACACCUUCUGGAAGAACUAUGUCGUGUUUUGAGUAUAUCAUCAGAGAGGCACAGAGCAGAAGUUAGAAGAGCUGUGAAUGAUGAGAGACUUGCUACCAUUGCUGACUGCACGUCGGGUCCAAGCACGUCGUCCGAGUGGUCAGUGGAGGGUCGGCGGCUCGUGCCCAUUCUGCCACGCCUCGUGCCGCAGACCGCCUUCACCAGCAUCGCAAACUCCGCCGCCAACGUCGCCGCGGCCCAUAAUGCACUGCUCUCGCAGCGACACCAGAGCAGCGGGAAACCUGAAGCCGGCAUGUCACAGAUGGCGAUGAAUAAUAAUGUGCCAACGUCGUCGCCAUCGCCGAUCGGUUCGACAUCGCCGAGGUCGGCUAGUCCCACGUCGAACGUCGUCGUGCUACCCAGUGGCAUGUCCAUACAGGUUAAAGAAGAUGGAGAGGAGACGGUGAGGAAGCGACGGAGGGCUUCAUCAUUCACCGAGAGCAUCGUCGCCAGUACUAAAGUCAGCACUUGGACAGUGACAAAGUGCUUCUGUAACUGUUGCAUGGCAGAAGAUGGAGAGGAGACGGUGAGGAAGCGACGGAGGGCUUCAUCAUUCACCGAGAGCAUCGUCGCCAUUACUAAAGUCAGCACUGGUACAGUGACCAAGCCGAUGAGCAGUCAGGUUCCGGCAUCGACUGCUCUCAUGCGCUCGGCAGCAGCUAACACCAGCGUGCUGUCAUCAUCGGCGUCCAUGCCCAGCCUCACUCCGAUGAAGAUCACGCUCACCAAGAGCCCCACGAAGCCAACGAUCGUCACGACAACCAGCGGGCAGACGCAGAAGGUGAUACUCGUGUCGAAUUCGAACACGCCGAACAGCGUCAUCCACCGAUCGUUCAGCGUUCCGUCGUCGACCGUAGUCAAGACGACGCCGUCGCCGGCGGCUGCGGCCGGUCACGUGCGACCCGUGUCAGCGCUCACGGCGGCCAGUCUUCCCACGAUACCGGGCAGCGUCGUCACGAUGUCCGUGACCGGCACGAGUUCAACGACAGCCUACGUUACCAACGCCAUCAGCGUCUCGCGGCCGUGGCCGAAAACAAUGCCGCUACGGCCGGCAACGCCCCCUAGCAGCGCGCACAAGCUCGGACUCGGUCGACCGGCGGGCGUCGUGUCUGUGAGUGGUGGCGCCCCCACUGUGGCACAGCCGGUGACGAGGACGGUGCAGAUGCGAACCGUCGGCAAGCCGGGAGCGAUGCAGAUGAAGAAUGAUGCGGGUGUGAAGAUCAUCACACAGACAAUUCCCACAUCAAAUAUCGCCACUGGUCAGAGUAGGAUUCUGCCCAAGCCGACCAGUUAUACGACGGCCAGUGCUAGCGGAGGCGUUGCUCAGACGGCCGCGCGUGUCAUCAAUGUGCGUCACGUCGCAGAUUCCCCGCGCGUGUCCAGCUGCCCUGGCGGUGAUGCAUGCAUAUAA